AAAAAAAACCCACCUGGUCCAAAAGCUCACAAACGAAAUCUCAAUCUCUUAGGGUUUUUCUCUUCUUCUUGCAAAGAAUAGGUUUUUAGAAAUUAAGUAAUUUCUCAUCUGGAUCUUGUCUAACAAAAAUGGUGAGAGAAGGUCAAGACGAGGAGGAGGAGGAGGAGGAGGAGAUGAUGAUGAUGGUGGCGGCGACGACUAAACCUGCAUGGCUUAAAGGAUUAAUUGGGGAAACUUUCUUCUCGAGCUGUGGGAUCCAUGAGAGUCGCCGUAAAAGCGAGAAGAACGUCUUUUGCUUGCUCUGUUGUCUCAGUGUUUGUCCUCACUGCCUCCCUUCGCAUCGCUCCCAUCCUCUUCUUCAGGUGAGACGAUACGUAUACCACGAUGUCGUUCGGCUGAGUGAUCUUGAGAAGCUCAUAGAUUGCUCAUAUGUUCAGCCAUAUACAAUUAAUGGAGCUAAAGUGAUAUUCAUAAACCAAAGACCACAAUCAAGAGCCAAGGUCUCAUCAAAUGUUUGCUUCACUUGUGAUAGAAUCCUUCAAGAACCAUUCCACUUUUGUUCUCUCUCUUGCAAGGUGGAUUACUUAGUUUAUCAAGGAGAUGAUCUAUCAAGCAUUCUCUAUAGAAUCGAUGAAUCGGAUUUCACGUUUGCAAGUUUGAGAAUGGACGGACACGAUCAGUUUGGAGAGAUAUCAACAAUGGAGGACGAUGCCGACGAUAUUAUAGUAAUCUCAGAUCAAUCGGAGCAAGGUAACAAUAGUAAUAAGAAAGAGAAAAAGAAAAAGAAGAAGAAAGAGAGCAAUUACUUUCCCGGAAUGGUUCUUUCACUUGGCAGCAGAAGAAAAGGUGCUCCUCAUAGGGCUCCUUUCUCAUAAUUUAAAACAAGGAAGCCAUAACAGAAAAUUAUAAGCAUUCUAUAUAUGUGUCUCUGUGUAUCAUGUUUCUUUGAUUAGGUAUAAUCCUAUUUCAUGAGUUGAUCACCAAAAUGUGUUGUCUUUUAUGGGGUUGUUUAUUUGUUUUCAGUUUUUGUGUUGAUGUGAAAUCAGUUCUCACGUUUAU